CCUCAUUAGCAUAGGGCUGGGAGACUGCCUAUUUAAUCCUCGCUCCGAGCGGGUUCCGCCUAUUUCUGGCUGUGAAGUCGACUGAAGAAAUGCCUGAGCCGGCGAAAGUUUCCAAGAAGGGCGCCAAGAAAGCCUUGCCUAAAUCAGCAGGCAAGGCGGGCAAGAAACGCAAGAGGGCGAGGAAGGAGAGUUACUCCAUCUACAUCUACAAAGUGAUGAAGCAGGUUCACCCCGACACCGGCAUCUCCUCCAAGGCCAUGAGCAUCAUGAACUCGUUCGUCAGCGAUAUUUUCGAGCGCAUCGCGGGCGAGGCUUCCCGCCUGGCCCAUUACAACAAGCGGUCGACCAUCAGCUCCCGGGAGAUCCAGACGGCCGUGCGCCUGCUGCUGCCCGGGGAGCUGGCCAAGCACGCCGUGUCGGAAGGGACCAAGGCGGUGACCAAGUACACCAGCUCCAAGUGAAGCUCCACAGAGUCCUGACAAACCAAACCGAAAACCCAACGGCUCUUUUAAGAGCCACCCACAGUUUCCAUGAAAGAGUUGUACUGAUAUUUCUACACUGAA